AUGACGUUAGCUACACAAUUCGCCGAGACCACCCGCCGCUCAGCAACCAACACCGAGCUCAGACGCAGGACAUUGCAAUUGUACCGCAAAUACAUCAGAAACGCCAAGGAGUUCGCCGACUUGUACGAGUUGGAUAUGCCCGUCUCCAGCAUAAAGACCAAGAUCAGACAGGAGUUUGAGAGACAGAGGUUCAUCAAGGAUCUAGACGUGAACAAUGUGUUGUACAUGAAGGGGCAGAUGGAGUUUCAAGAGUUGAUAAAUUUCUGGAAGCAGCAGUGCCAUGUGAUGAGGUACUUUGAUGACCAGAACGCAUACAACACCCUUGAUAAGAACGAUUUUGUCAAGAACUUCUUGAGAGGUAAUUAG